AUGUCAGCGCCUGUGCUCAGGGACCUUUUGGAGCUGGGACCCGCCCACGCUGGGACCCGCCCACGCUGGGACCCGCCCUCGCUGGGACCCGCCCGCGCUGGGACCCGCCCGCGCUGGGACCCGCCCGCGCUGGGACCCGCCCUCGCUGGGACCCGCCCUCGCUGGGACCCGCCCUCGCUGGGACCCGCCCGCGCUGGGACCCGCCCGCGCUGGGACCCGCCCUCGCUGGGACCCGCCCUCGCUGGGACCCGCCCACGCUGGGACCCGCCCUCGCUGGGACCAGCCCUCGCUGGGACCCGCCCGCGCUGGGACCCGCCCGCGCUGGGACCCGCCCGCGCUGGGACCCGCCCGCGCUGGGACCCGCCCGCGCUGGGACCCGCCCACGCUGGGACCCGCCCUCGCUGGGACCCGCCCGCGCUGGGACCCGCCCGCGCUGGGACCCGCCCUCGCUGGGACCCGCCCUCGCUGGGACCCGCCCACGCUGGGACCCGCCCUCGCUGGGACCCGCCCUCGCUGGGACCCGCCCCUGGACCCCCCGGGACCCGCCCGCGCUGGGACCCGCCCGCGCUGGGACCCGCCCUCGCUGGGACCCGCCCUCGCUGGGACCCGCCCUCGCUGGGACCCGCCCUCGCUGGGACCCGCCCUCGCUGGGACCCGCGCUGGGACCGCCCCGCUGGGACCCGCCCUCGCUGGGACCCGCCCUCGCUGGGACCCGCCCUCGCUGGGACCCGCCCUCGCUGGGACCCGCCCCGCUGGGACCCGCCCCCCGCUGGGACCCGCCCCGCCGCUGGGACCCGCCCUCGCUGGGACCCGCCCUCGCUGGGACCCGCCCUCGCUGGGACCCGCCCUCGCUGGGACCCGCCCUCGCUGGGACCCGCCCUCGCUGGGACCCGCCCACGCUGGGACCCGCCCUCGCUGGGACCCGCCCUCGCUGGGACCCGCCCUCGCUGGGACCCGCCCUCGCUGGGACCCGCCCACGCUGGGACCCGCCCUCGCUGGGACCCGCCCACGCUGGGACCCGCCCACGCUGGGACCCGCCCACGGGACCCGCCCACGCUGGGACCCGCCCACGCUGGGACCCGCCCACGCUGGGACCCGCCCAGACUGGACCAAACACAUCAGAACCACUGA